GUCACUGCACCCGUAAAACUCAAACCUAACCGGGCAACCAGCUAGCCACGCCCACAAAGCCUAAGAUCUUUCUGGAACCCUGCCACGUGUCACUCUCUCUCCCCCUAGACCCUUCUCAACGAUUCUCUUAUCUACUUAUUCACCCCUUCUUCAACUCAUGGUUCAAGCGCAUCUCCAAUUCUCUCAGAAGUCUUACUCAAACUAGGCCCCUUUUCUUGGGAAACCCAGAAGCGAAAAAAUUAAAAAGUCAUGGCUUGUUCAUCAACCGCUCAGGUUCACUUUCUGGGAAAUUUAUCUUACGGUUCAAGAGCGAAGCGAAACGGUGAGCAUAAGUCAUCGGGAGCUAGAACGGUAUUUUUGGGUCAAAGGGUUGGGAGAACCAGUUUUGGGUUUCACAACGCCGCCUUUUUGAAGGUAAAUAAUAGGAGCAGACGAGCAAUUAAUGUGGGGCCGGUGAAGGUUGUGAAUGAGAAAGUGGUGGGCAUUGAUUUGGGGACGACGAAUUCGGCGGUGGCGGCUAUGGAGGGAGGGAAGCCGACUAUAGUGACGAAUGCGGAGGGGCAGAGGACAACGCCGUCUGUGGUGGCGUACACGAAGAACGGGGAUAGGUUGGUGGGGCAAAUCGCGAAGCGGCAGGCGGUUGUGAACCCAGAAAAUACGUUCUUUUCGGUGAAGAGGUUUAUUGGGAGAAAGAUGUCGGAGGUGGACGAAGAGUUGAAGCAGGUGAGUUAUAAGGUGCUGAGGGAUGAGAAUGGAAAUGUGAAGUUGGACUGUCCUGCUAUUGGGAAGCAAUUUGCUGCUGAGGAGAUUUCAGCUCAGGUUCUGAGGAAGCUUGUGGAUGACGCAUCAAAGUUUUUAAAUGAUAAAGUAACUAAAGCUGUGGUCACAGUGCCUGCUUACUUCAAUGAUUCCCAGAGAACAGCAACAAAAGAUGCUGGUCGUAUUGCUGGCUUAGAAGUUCUUCGUAUCAUCAAUGAGCCUACUGCUGCUUCUUUGGCCUAUGGAUUUGAGAAGAAAAAUAAUGAGACUAUCCUAGUGUUUGACCUUGGUGGUGGUACUUUUGACGUUUCAGUACUUGAGGUUGGUGAUGGAGUGUUUGAAGUGCUUUCUACUUCAGGAGAUACACACUUGGGUGGUGAUGACUUUGACAAGAGGAUUGUUGAUUGGCUUGCUGCAGACUUCAAGAGAGAUGAAGGCAUUGAUCUUUUGAAAGACAAACAGGCUCUUCAGAGGCUAACAGAAACUGCCGAGAAAGCUAAGAUGGAGCUGUCAUCCUUGACUCAGACAAACAUCAGUUUGCCUUUUAUUACCGCUACCGCAGAUGGACCUAAACAUAUUGACACCACCAUUACAAGGGCCAAGUUUGAGGAAUUGUGUUCAGAUCUACUUGACAGGCUAAAGACACCAGUUGAAAAUGCUCUGAGGGAUGCAAAACUUUCAUUCAAAGAUUUAGAUGAGGUGAUCCUUGUUGGUGGAUCAACGCGUAUCCCAGCUGUUCAGGAACUUGUAAAGAAGAUGACAGGAAAGGAUCCCAAUGUUACUGUCAACCCUGAUGAAGUUGUUGCCUUGGGGGCUGCAGUUCAGGCUGGUGUUCUGUCUGGAGAUGUCAGUGAUAUUGUGCUUUUGGAUGUGACACCAUUGUCUCUUGGUCUGGAGACUCUUGGUGGUGUUAUGACAAAGCUCAUCCCAAGAAACACUACUCUUCCCACUUCCAAAUCAGAGGUUUUCUCAACUGCUGCUGAUGGGCAAACCAGUGUCGAGAUUAAUGUGCUUCAAGGUGAAAGAGAGUUUGUUAGGGACAAUAAAUCUCUUGGUAGCUUCCGUCUAGAUGGCAUCCCACCAGCACCACGUGGGGUUCCUCAAAUUGAAGUCAAAUUUGAUAUUGAUGCCAAUGGUAUUCUCUCUGUCACCGCUGUUGACAAAGGUACCGGGAAGAAGCAAGAUAUAACCAUUACAGGUGCUAGCACCUUACCCAGUGAUGAGGUAGAGAGAAUGGUUAGGGAAGCUGAGAGGUUUGCUGCCGAGGAUAAAAAGAAGAGAGAUGCCAUAGACACAAAGAAUCAGGCAGAUUCCGUUAUCUACCAGACAGAGAAGCAACUAAAGGAGCUUGGAGACAAGGUCCCCGGGCCUGUGAAAGAGAAAGUUGAGGCAAAAUUACAAGAGCUGAAGGAUGCAGUUGCAGGCGGCUCUAGCCAAGGAAUAAAAGAUGCCAUGGCUGCACUUAAUCAGGAAGUCAUGCAGAUUGGCCAGUCCCUUUACAACCAACCAGGUGCAGGAGGAACUACCCCAGGUGCUGGACCAGCAACUGGUGGUGAAGCUGGCCCUUCAGACUCAUCAAACAGGGGACCUGAUGGUGAUGUCAUUGAUGCAGAUUUCACUGAUAGCAAGUGAGAGAGGCAAUUAUUUUUUUCUCCCACUUAAUUGGAAUUGUGUAUAAGAAAAUGAUUUUGCAGGGAUGUAAGAUGGUUUGGGUUAUCAUGAGGAACAAAUUUGAAAUGUUUCUAGGAAAUAUAGAGAGAGGAUAAAACACUAAAUAGGUAGGUACUCAUAGUAGCAUAAUUGGUCCGAGUAAAAGCCCGUGCUGUUUGUGUAAAUAUGAUUGUUUUCGAUUCAGGAAAUGAUGGAUUCUCCAUGAAAAUAUUCUGCAUGUAUGCAUUAUACCUUUGUUAUCAAAUUAUUUUUCUGAUUCA